UCGUACUCUUCAGUUUAUAAUGUACGUAAAUGUAAUUUUUAGAUAUUAAAUUCUAGGUCCAUGUCGUAAGUACGAAUUGCAAAACCCUGUUGCUUAGUUAUAUUUUCAUUUAAUACGCAGAAGACAUGCCCCAAAUACCAUAGACAUUGGUGUAUAUUUUGAAAACAGUAACGUCGUGUGUGAAUUCAACAGCGCUUAUUAUAUCGGUUGUACAAAUUUGUUAUUAUAAAAGUUUCUAUAUUACUACUUACUAUGUAAAGUGUAAUUAUAAUACUUCAAAUAACCUAUUUUAACUAAUCAAAGUACAUUAGAAUAGAGUCGUGCAACUAAUGUAUUGUAAAUGUAAUUAUGUUUAGAGUGAAAUCGACGAAUUACGUGACAUGACGAUAAUAGCGGUACAUUUUAUGAGGGGGUAAAAUUCCGAUCAUUGACAUCAAUUAAAAAAUAGCGCACUAGGGGCGGUCGCACUGCGCUCAAUCGAUCGUGCUACCGCGCAGGCGCCGUAGCCCCACCGUACGUCAGUGGAGGUCGGUCGCGAGUGGCAGGAAGUCUACACCAUGCCGAAGACCAAACCCACACCUGAGGAGGACUUAAUCAUACCACCGCAAGACCAAAAAAUAUGCGGGACAAUAUGCGUCUGCCAAAUGACUGCCGUCCUUAGUGCCGUGGCCAUUGUUUACUUGACAGUAGCCAUCUACAUGCCAUAUACUCGUGCUAUUGCAUCGGGAAUCGAUCCAACUCCAAUUAUGUGUACAACAACAAGGGCUGUCAACAAAGAAAACUGUGAUUGGGGCUCCUGCGGUGAAUGGUGUUUGAGUAAAACAUCUGGGGCUUGCAUUCAAAUUUAUGUUAACGUAAGGAACAAUGGAUCAUCGCUACUUUUAUCGGAAUGUGGAAGUGCUGCAAAUAAAACAUGUUAUGGGAUUGAUCAAGAGAACGCUAAGAAGUAUCACUGCAUAAGAGACGAGUGUAAAAAUUUAACGGGAACCUUUAAUUGCACUGAAGGAAAAUGUAUCAACAUAACAGAUGCCUUUGAGUGUGCCUUUCGGGACACUGAUCCACCAUUAAAGUGUUCAGGUAGAAGGGGGAAAAUAACGUGCAUAGAUGUCCAGGGACUUUUUUCGUGUAAUAGAGGCACAUGUAGAAAAAUACGAACGCCUUAUAAUUGUGAUCGCCGAUGUGUUGACAUUCCGACUCGCAACAAAAACGUUAUAGUUUUAAGUGGCGAUAGAGUAUUCUUAGCAAGAUGUACGAAGCUUGCUAAAGAAGAUGGUGGUGAAAUAGUUUGGAAUGAUAACGGGGAAGAAGUUAUUAUGUUAUCCUGUCAUGCCGUUCAUAAUGGUACAUCGGGAGUAGUUGCUGUCGAUUGUAUUAAUGCUGCCUUGCUACCUCGAACAGAAAUCUCUGAUUUAACAAAUUUUACAUAUUUACAAUACUUAUAUACAUUAAAAGCAACGCCUAAUAGAGUUAUAGCGCCGUCUGAAGUAGAACUCACUUUGGCUAACGAUAGUAGAUUGAUGAUCAAUUUAGAAGGUUGUGUAAACACCCUCGCUGACGAAUGUAAAGACUUUCUUAAGACCUAUGGAAGAGAUGGAACUGACCACAACGCCAAGGCUAGAUUUCCAUGCUUCCAUACUCAGAAUAACCCAGAAACAGUGGUUGCAAGAUUUGACUUGGACGCCACCUAUCGUCAAUUUUUGAUAGCGCUAGUACUUCCAACAGUUCUAGUUGUAGUAUCGUGUAUAACUUUGAUGUUGUGUCAAAGGACGGUUGUAGUUGGUGAUGAUGCUAAAAUGCGUUUCAAGGCCUGCGGAGGUGGACAAUCCGAAAUGCAAAUGCAUCCGAAUGAUCCUGUUUCACCCCUCUGAGAUCAGUCACGCGUUCCCCUCCUCUGCGAGGGCCCGGCUAGUUCGCUAAGAGACGAUUAAUAGCUUUCUAUUUGCUAAACAAAAGCUCUCCCAAUGUCUACACUGAGCAGAUCUAGGGCGACUCUU